AUUUGACAUUUCACUUGUCACACGAAAGUCGAAUCUGAUGUUUGUUGGUCGGGAGUAGAAUUCGGUCGUGAAAAAUGUCUGAAAUUUCGAAAAAGGAGAAAGAGCUUCUGCUGAAGCGACAAGCCAGAGCAAUGGAGUUACGAGCCGAAUUCCAGAAGCAAGUAUCGAAUCCGUUUAGACAUGCUAGCGGCGAAGGCGGCGCAGUGUUCGACCCUGCCAUAUACCGAUUCCAAGCUAUGCGAGUUAGCAAUUUCGAGCACUUCCGCCCGACCCUCCGAACCGUGCGACUUGGUCUGUUUACCAUUGUUGUACCGAUGGUCCUCUAUGGCUGGAUGAUGAAGAGUGAACGUAACAACCGGGAGAAGAAAUACCGGACCGGACAGGUGGCCUACAAAGACCGCAAAUUCAAGUUCAUCUAACCUGGGCAAUCGUCUUAAUCUGUAUUUCAAUUUGUAGCGAAUCAAUAAAACCACGAAACACUUUAAAA